AUGAGGCGGUUGGAGGAGGAGGUGAGGGAGUGGGUGGAGGGGGCGUGCAAGGCGAGGGAGGAGGGCGAGUGGAUGGUGGUGGUGGCCUGUGAGGACACGGGCGGUGGUAUACCACCCGAGGAGAUGCGGUGGGUGCUGGACCCACAUGGUCUUGCUGGCCACUCGCCGCGCGACAUGCACGGCAAUGGCCAACAUAAAGCCAUGGUGAGUACAGCAGAGACGGCGUGGGGAGUGCGGGACACGGGCGGUGGUAUACCACCCAAGGAGCUGCGGUUAGUGCUGGAUCCACAUGGUCUUGCCAGCCACUCGCCGCACGAACUGCACGGCAACGGGCAACAUAAAGGCAUGGUGGCUGAGAUGAGGGGAGACAUGGCACUGCUGUCAGACGCCUCCACAGGCACCACCAUUCUGCUGGCGCUGCCCAUGGGGGGAGGAGAAAGCUCCGGCGGCAGUGGGAGUUGGGAGGGGAGUGGAAAAGAACCCGGGGAUUCAGGGGGGGCAGGUAAGGAGCGUGUGGGGCGAGAGGCCAGGUCGCAUGGAGGCACGGAGGGGCCACCCAGUGGUGCUGCUGCCUCGGUUCUGCCCCACGCUGCUGCCGCUGCAGCGCAACCAGCUUCGCGGGAGCGGCAGGCAGUAGGGUGUCAGUAG